ACUUAGGCGGACGCGGUGCUGGGGUGGCCCCGCCGGAGUCGGGGGCGCCGUCGCUCGCCAUGGCCGGCUACGAGUACGUGAGCUCGGAGCAGCUGGCCGGCUUCGACAAGUACAAGUACAGCGCUGUAGAUAACAACCCACUCUCUAUGUAUGUUAUGCAUCCGUUUUGGAACACUAUAGUAAAGGUAUUUCCUACAUGGCUGGCUCCAAAUCUGAUCACCUUCUCUGGCUUUCUGCUCCUUGUACUUAAUUUCUUAAUUUUGACAUACUUUGAUCCUGAUUUUUAUGCUUCAGCAUCUGGCCACAAGCAUAUUCCCAACUGGGUGUGGAUCUUAGUGGGCAUUCUCAACUUCACUGCCUACACGCUAGAUGGCGUGGAUGGCAAACAAGCCCGGAGGACCAAUUCUAGCACCCCGUUGGGGGAGCUUUUUGACCACGGCCUGGAUAGCUGGGCGUGUGUUUACUUCGUCGUCUCAGUGUAUUCCAUCUUUGGACGAGGAGCGUCUGGUGUCAGUGUUUUCGUUCUUUAUUACCUGCUCUGGAUAGUCUUGUUUUCUUUCAUCCUGUCGCACUGGGAAAAGUAUAACACAGGAGUUCUUUUCCUGCCUUGGGGAUAUGACAUUAGCCAGGUGACUAUUUCUCUUGUCUACAUAGUGACGGCGGUUGUGGGAGUUGAGGCCUGGUAUGAACCUUUCCUGUUUAAUUUCUUAUAUAGAGACCUAUUCACUACAAUGAUUAUUGGUUGUGCGGUGUUUGUGACCCUACCAAUGAGUCUAGCAAACUUUUUUAGAAGCUACAAAAAUAGCACCUUGAAACAUGGGUCAGUCUAUGAAACGAUGGUUCCCUUCUUUUCUCCAAGUUUGCUAUUCAUUUUGUGUACAACAUGGAUCCUUUGCUCGCCUUCAAAUAUUUUAGAGCGACAUCCUAGAAUAUUCUACUUCAUGGUCGGAACAGGCUUUUCCAAUAGCACAUGUAAGCUGAUUGUUUGCCAGAUGAGCUCCACACGGUGCCCAACACUCAACUGGCUGCUGCUGUUCCCUCUUUUCUUGGUUGUCACAUUGGUGCACAUAGGCAUCAGCUCUUCCAUGGAGAGCACUCUGCUCUACACGCUGACCGUUGCUUUUACUCUGGCCCAUAUCCAUUACGGCGUACGAGUGGUCAGUCAACUGAGCAACCAUUUUAAGAUUUACCCCUUCUCCUUGAAGAAGCCAAACUCAGAUUGACUAGAAGCAGAAGAAAAGAAUAUUGGCCUAUAACCUACAGAAAGAAGACCUGUAAAUAAGAUGCUUGUAAAUAUUUCCUCCAUCACCUAUGAACUCUAAAUGCAUCUGCUCGCCAGACAUGGGAACUUGGUGUGUGUCAUAUACAUGGACAGCAGGAAUGAGAAAUAUGAUGCAACUGGUGGAAUUUUGGACCUACUAACUCCUGGUGUACCUUUUUUUUUUUUUUUUUUUUUUUUAUAAAACCAUGUGUCAUUUUAGUUAAGUAUAACAUAGAUUCUCAAAAUGUUCUGAGUAAUUUUAACUUGAAUCCAAGAAGUUUUGGUUAAUACAGGUUUAAAAGUGCUUUUUAAAAGCUUUUAUUUUUAAAUCCACAGAUUCCUCUAGGAAGAUUGGUACUGUUCAGAAAACCACAAUAUGUUUUCACACUUGGUACUCGGUGGUAGAUCUUCAGCUGUGAAAACUGUCAGUAGCCCAAAUCCACUGUAGGGAAAAGAGCAAAUGACUUGGAGCCAGAGAUGCCAAAUGAUGACAGAACAAUGUUCCGUUGCCAAAUACUGAUUUCUCUUUCCCAUGGAAAUGCCUUUUAUCUUCCUGUGUUCAGAGAGCUAGUAGACAGAGUCUCUAGUAUCCUGGCUCUCUUUGUUAAUGGAAAAGAUCUCAGUACGUAGUUUAAUUAAAACAACAACCAUUUGUUGGACUUGGUCGAGAAUGGAAGUAUAACUGUAGCUCACCCUCUGGCAUGUUCAUUGUUUAAAUACGGCAUUUCCCCCUCAGCUGCGGGUUGCUGAGAUGUGGUGCCUGUGAACUCUCCUCAUGUGAAAGCAUGUACUCGUCCCUGUCUUUCAAUAAUUACUUGCGCAGAACACAUAGAAACCUCCGUAGAAGCAAAUUUAGUGCAGCGUUAGGAAUCUCGUAAGUCCCACUAUGAAAUUACUACUAUGAACCUCACUACAAAUGAGUUUUCUGGUUCAAGUUGUCCUUCCUUCCUUUCUUCCUUCCUUCCUUUCCUUUCCCUUUCUUCCUUCUUGCCUUCCUUCAUUCCCUUUCCCUUCCUCUCCCUCUUCUUUUUGUGAAGGAGGGAGUGCUCUUUUUACUUCAUACAGGAUAAAGAAAUCCCAAGAAAUCCUCUUUCCAACUUUCCUACUCUGAAGAGCUUUGGAUCUCGAUGCCUUACUCAGUAGAAUGCCCUUUAAUAUGACAGGCAGUGACUUCUGAGGUUUACUGACAAACAUGAAAUUUCCUUUGAAUUAAAUGUGAUUGUUUUCUAGAUUAUACCUUUUUCACGAUUGUGGAUAUUUUCUAUCUCUUUUUUACUUUAUCUUUAGUUUGGUGGUGGUAAAAUUAAUAUGCCGAUUUUCUUUUAUUUUGUGCUUGAAUGAAGAGUGUAUCUUAAACCCUUGAUUAUUUUUUUUGGACGGAUUGCACUUGGAUAUAAUGGGCACCCUUUUGUUGAUAAUGUAAUUAAAUGCAUAAUCACUAUUUAUAUAUGAAUAAGACCAUCAAUAAUUUUAAUUAUAAUGUAUUCCUUGAAUUUCCAUGUGCUGCUUUGUAAAAAAAAAUCACUGUAAUUGAUACGUCAGGGUUUUUUUUUAUUGUAAAUUUUAAUCAUUGUCAUUUAGGGUAUUAGAAAUGUGGAGUCAAGAAACUAACUUAUGAUGCUGAACUCAUUUUAAAAAAUUUGUUCAUCAAGGUUGAGGUGAUUUCAUAAGAUCUAAAAUGGACACUGAAAUUAGUUGAGAAAUUGAUACAGAAAAAAACAUGGGUAAUGAUUCCUUAUUUAUUUAUCACUUUCCAUCAUGGAAGUUCCAGAAAGAGCCAGUUAAUUGAAGGUAGCUGUUUUUUAUGUACCUUGUUCUUAUCGCCUGUAAAAUCAAAUUGGAUAAAGUGUUAAGUUGGGAUAAGGACAACAUUUUAUUUUAAGGUCUCUAAGUGAAUAAUUUUAUUGUUUCGUUGACAUUGUAUACAAGAAUGAGAUUAAUCUAUGUUAUAAAAAAGAACUGAUAAAUAUUUAUAAAAUGAGUCUUGAACCCCA